GGGCGAUGCGCUUCCUCCGCUGAGCGCAGCGCGGCCGAGCCGGCAGGAUGACGGUGGAGUUCGAGGAGUGCAUCAAGGACUCGCCCCGGUUCCGGGCAACCAUCGAUGAGGUGGAAACAGAUGUGGUGGAGAUCGAGGCCAAGCUUGACAAGGUGAGAGCAGUUUGUGGCCUGAGAGGGACUGGGGGAGCCCCUGCUCAGGAAUUGGGUCCCUUCAAGUGGGCGGCUGCUUCUCUUCCUUGCCACUUCUCUUCACCUUUCUAUUUUAUUUUUUUAUUGUUUUUGCAGGAGUGCCUGGAUAAAUUUGGGGACAGCCUGCAGGAAAUGAUCAAUUACCACAUGAUCCUGUUUGACCAGGCCCAGAGGUCGGUCCGGCAGCAGCUGCACAAUUUUGUCAAAGAUGACGUGAGGAAGUUCAAGGAGACCAAGAAGCAGUUUGACAAGGUGCGGGAGGACAUGGAGAUCUCGCUGGUAAAGAACGCGCAGGCGCCGCGGCACAAGCCCCACGAGGUGGAGGAGGCCACGGGCACGCUGACCAUCACCAGGAAAUGCUUCCGGCACCUGGCCCUCGACUAUGUGCUGCAGAUCAAUGUGCUGCAGGCCAAGAAGAAAUUUGAGAUCCUGGACGCGAUGUUGUCCUUCAUGCACGCCCAGUUCACCUUCUUCCAGCAGGGCUACAGCCUCCUGCACGAGCUGGACCCCUACAUGAAGAAACUGGCCACAGAGCUGGACCAGCUGGUGAUCGACUCUGCCGUGGAGAAGAGGGAGAUGGAGCACAAGCACGCCCUGAUCCAGCAGAGGACCCUCCUGCAGGACUUCUCCUAUGAUGACUCCAAGGUGGAGUUCAACGUGGAUGCCCCCAACGGAGUGGUGAUGGAAGGUUACCUCUUCAAGAGAGCCAGCAACGCCUUCAAAACAUGGAACAGGAGGUGGUUUUCCAUCCAGAACAGCCAGCUGGUCUACCAGAAGAAGCUAAAGGAUGUCCUGACCGUGGUGGUGGAGGACCUGAGGCUCUGCACGGUCAAACCCUGCGAGGACAUCGAGAGGAGGUUUUGCUUCGAGGUCGUCUCCCCCACCAAGAGCUGCAUGCUGCAGGCUGACUCCGAGAAGCUGCGCCAGGCCUGGAUCCAGGCUGUGCAAGCCAGCAUCGCCUCUGCCUACCGGGAGAGCCCCGACAGCUACUACAUCGAGAGGCUGGACAGAACAGCUUCCCCCUCCACCAGCAGUAUCGACUCGGCCACGGAUUCCCGGGAGCGCGGCGGGAAGGGGGAAACAAUCCUGCAGAGAGUGCAGAGUGUCCCUGGGAACGACCAGUGCUGCGACUGUGGGCAGCCAGACCCUCGCUGGGCCAGCAUCAACCUGGGCAUCCUGCUGUGCAUCGAGUGCUCUGGGAUCCACAGGAGCCUGGGUGUUCACUGCUCCAAGGUCCGAUCCCUCACGCUGGAUUCCUGGGAGCCAGAGCUGCUCAAACUGAUGUGUGAGCUGGGCAACAACACCAUGAACCAGAUUUACGAGGCACAGUGUGAGGAGCUGGGGCUGAAGAAACCAACAGCAGGGAGCUCCAGGCAGGACAAGGAGGCCUGGAUCAAGGUGAAGUACGUGGAGAAGAAGUUCCUGAGGAAGCUGCCGGGCGGGGAGGUGCUGGCGGAGAGCGAGCGCAAACCGCGGCGCUGGUGCGUCAAGAAGUGCCAGAGACACAACAGCAGCUCCAGGGCGCCCACGGCACGCAGGAAAUACCGCCAGGAACCGGGCAGUGCCUCCCCCGCCAUGCUGGCCUCAGCCGCCACCCUGGAGAGGAAGUUCCGCCGGGACUCGCUCUUCUGCCCGGACGAGCUGGACUCUCUCUUCUCCUACUUCGACACCGGGGCUGGCUCCGGCCCUCGCAGUCUGAGCAGUGACAGCGGCCUGGGAGGGAGCACCGAUGGCAGCAGUGACGUGCUGGUGUUCGGCUCCGUGGUGGACAGCGUGACCGAGGAAGAGUGUGAGGUGUCAGAGGAAUCCAGCGGGGAAGCCGAGAUCGAGCAGGAGGCGUCGGAUUUGGAGGACGUGCGGGAGCUGCCGCCCGGGCUGGUGAUGUACCGGGCGGCCCGGGCACGGAACCUGCCCCUGAUGGCCGAGGCGCUGGCCCACGGCGCCGAGAUCAACUGGGUCAACGAUGAGGACGAGAGCAAAACGCCUCUGAUCCAGGCCGUGAGCGGGGGCUCCUUGAUCGCCUGUGAGUUCCUGCUGCAGAACGGGGCCGACGUUAACCAAAGGGACUCUCGGGGCCGGGCGCCCCUGCACCACGCCACCUACCUGGGGCACACCGGGCAGGUGUGUCUGUUCCUGAAGCGCGGCGCCACGCAGCACACGGCCGACGCCGACGGGCAGGACCCGCUGAGCAUCGCGGUCAGCGCCGCCAACGCCGACAUCGUCACCCUGCUGCGGCUGGCGCGGAUGAACGAGGAGAUGCGGGAAGCGGAGGGGCCCUUCGGCCAGGCCGGCCAGUACCCCAGCAGCAGCCCCACGGAGCUGCAGUACAGGAAGUGCAUCCAGGAGUUCAUCAGCCUCAACAUCGACGAGUGCUAGGGACAAACCUGCGUCCCCUCGGCCGCCCCCGAGCUGGGCUGGAUCCCUGGAGAGCCCCGUCCUUGGAUAUUUGGUGUUUUCCUUGCAGAUUGGUCUGGUUUGGACGCCUGUGGCCCUCGGGUUGAGCUGCCCGCAGGAAGGCCGAGGGCUUUUCCCCGUCAGCUUUGAGUUCUCAUGCUUGACUACUGGAUGGUUGAUUUUUUGUUGUUGUUGAGUAGGAGCCUCCCAGGGCAUAACCACAGACCAUGGGAUGUGUGUGGGGAGUGUGGGAGAUCGGUUUAAACAAAAAAAAGGAAAAAAAUUUAAAAAAAGAAGGAAAAACCCUCCUGUGGCCAGGAGGGAGCCACCAACACCAGGAGCAGGCAGAGCUGUCCCUUGACAGCUGGCUGGGAGUUCUGGCAGGGAGUGUGGCGUGGAGCCUGCUCUGCCCCUGGGAGGCCCAGGCUGGUUUUUGGGGCAGGGAUGCUCUGGAGGCCCAGCGGAGCGGGAUCAGGAUCGGGAGCUCUGGCUCCUCACCCUGCACUGCUCUCAGGACUAACCCAGCCACGCUGCCCUCGUUCGCUGCCCUGGGUGCUUGGCUGCUCAAAGCCAUAGCUGCCCUGCUUCCUGGGAGGAUUCCCAACCCCACAGGAUUUCCUGGAAGCAGCAGCACUGAUCCCUGCAGCUGGUAGAAGCUUGUCGCUGGCGAUGGGCUCGGGGCAGGGAGGGGAAUCAGCUCAAGCUGCUCGGUGCAAUUUCACAGAAUCCCAGAAUCAUGGAAUCCCAGAAUUCCAGAAUCAUGGAAUCCCAGAAUCCCAGGUUGGACAAGACCUUUAAGAUCAUCGAGUCCAACCCAGCCCUAAAACCUCAACUAAACCACUGCCACAUCCAGUCUUCUUUUAAAGACACCAGGGAUGGGGAAUUGGACUCCACUCGCUUCUCUGCUCCCUUCAGGUUUCCGUGGAAGAGAAUUCCACUCGCAUGCAUCCCCUCCGUGCUCUCUCCCCGCAUGCUGGAGCAGCUCAGUGGCUUUGGAGCUCCCCAGUUCCUGUUCCCAGCAGGAUUCUGGUGUUUCUCUCCUUUUUCCCGCAGGGCUGCAGUGAGGGAACGUGGUUCUCCUCGGAGCCCUUUGGUGCUGGCUCGUGUCUCAUCCCGUCUUGGGAGGGUUCAGCGAGCGCAGGCGCCUCUGGAAUCCUGGCUGGAGGACUUUUUGCUUCCAAUGUCCCCAGUGAGGAUUUGGGGGUGACAUCCCUGCCUGGGCUCCAGGGUCAGGCCACAGUGCCUUAGGGAUCAUCCUGGGAUCUCCAGGGCCUCCAAGGAAACCACGAAUCCCAGGCAGAGUUCCCCACCCUCCUGCCCUCCAGCGGCAGAUCCACAAUCCUCUGAUUUCCAUCCCAUCCUCUCUGGAAUUCUUGAUGUUUUCACUGCCAGGCUGCUGCCCUGCUCAGAAGCCUCAGCAUGGUUUGCUCCUGGGGCUGGAAUUGUGUCCUCAGGUUCUGAGGGAGCAGCUCCUGACCCUCAGACUCACCCAGCAGCCCUCGCUAUCCUCCCACACCAGGCUUUCUCCUGGCUCGAGGCAAUUCCUGCUUCCUUAGGAAGUGCUGUCCCAGGUUUUCCUGCAUUUUCUGGUUGCGUGAUCCCCGUUCCAACUGGAGCUUUGGGAUGAGCAGUUCCAAGGGCUGAGCUCUGUUCUCAGUCCCAGUCUGGAACGGUCCUGGUGACUCUUCAGCGCAAAUUCUGCCCCCAGGGCCUCCUGUGCUUCCAUGGAUCAACAACCUCCUGAUCCUGGGGAAUGAAUUCCCCCUUCUUGCCUGUCCAGUGCCUGGGCUGGAAAUCUCUGUGGAGCUUGGGCAGACAACGCUCCCUUGGAGCCUGGGAGUGGGAAGUGGAGGAUGAGCAGCUCCCGUGCUCAUCCCUGCCCAGCUCCGGCACCCUUGGGAGCAGCCCUGGCAUGGGGCACAAAAUCCCAUCCUCGCUGCAAUCCCAUUGGCGAGGGAGCGGGAUGGAGAAACCCCGGAAUUCCCAGCUCUGGGAGCAGAGGUUGUAGCUCUGAUUUGGGGUUCCCCUGGCUGAUGCCAGCUGUGGCACAGCUGCUCCGGCCUCUCCUUCACUUCCCACAGAACAUUCCCAGGACCCAGCACCUCCUGGCCCCGUGGGCGGUGGCACAGCCCUGCUGCUCCCUGUGCCUCUCCUGGGCAGCUCCUGGAGCUCAUCUCUGGCUCCUCAGCUUUGGGAUUUCUCUUCUUUCUGUCCCAGAUCACCCCCAAUUUCCAUGCCCCCCCUCUCUUGAGCAGGGCGGUGCCAUCCCUUGGCUGUUGCUGCCACCUUCUCCUUCCAUUCCAGCCUCUGGAUCCUGCUGGUGCUGCUGCCAUUGCUUUCAAAGUUUCAAAAAGCCAGGUUUAAAAGUUUCAAAAAGCCAGGUUUAAAAGUUUCAAAGCCAGGGUUUCAAAGUUUAAAAAAGUCAGGGUUUAAAAGUUUAAAAAGCCAAGGUUUGAAAGUUUAAAGGGUUUGAAAGUUUCAAAAUUAGGGCUUAGCAAUGUUCUGUAGCCCUGGCACGGCUGGGAUGGGGCUGGAAGUUAUGGUGCUGAUCCUGCUCCUAAAUCCAGCCCUAAAUCCAAGUCCUGUAGCCCUGGCACAGCUGGGAUGGGGCUGGAAGCUGAUCCUGCUCCCAAAUGUGGCCCUAAAUCUGAGUCUGCCUUCAGCAGGACAUCCCCAGAGCCGUCUGGACCGCCCAGCCCAGCCCCUGGAGAGCUCCAGGAACCACAAUCCGGCUCUUUUCCCUGUAGGGAAUUCCCUCUUCAAUCCCACCGGGAUUUGUGCCACUCUCCAUCGCUUUGGGCGUUUUUUGGUGCUGAUCCCCUCGAGUCAUGCCCUUCCCAUGCUGGAAAUGUUUCCAGGCUCCUGCAGAGCUCUGGAGAGCCAAGGGGGGAGGUUUCACCCCUGCCACGGUCCUGCUCUGCUCACGGAUUUCAGCAUGGCCAUUGUUGGUUUUUUCACCUGUACAGCGACUUCAAACUGGUUUUCAAACCCCCUCUGGUUUCCCCAGCUUUUUAGGAAGGAGUUAAAAACCCGACUGGUCCUUUCCAUGAGCCAAGAAGCACAGCUUCCGCUUUUGGGUCGUUUUAUUUCACUUUUUCUGGGAAUUCUGGCCAGAAAUCCUGGCUGGUUUGCACCCUGGAAGCUCAGACUCACUGCUGAAGUACAUGAAGUGGAAAGAAAAAAUGUAAAUAUCGAUGCAAAAAGCGGCGUCUUGCGAGACAAUGGAUUAUUUAACAUGUAUUGGUACUUUUCUUUAGAGUCGAUGUAUAAAAGCGACUUGGUGCACUUUUCCUACCUGACAGUAUUGGGGGGUUUUAUGUUCUUUUGUUAUGGGUUUUGUGCUGUCUUUUUUAAGCCGUGGAAUUGUUAAGUAUUUAAUUUAUUCUUAUUAUUGAUGUGCCCAGAGGACUAGUGCAAUUUUUAUUCAAUACAGUUGGUCUGUAUUUAAUGUCAGGAUUUUUUUGGUAGCGUUUUUAGGAAAUAUUUUUCCAAACCUGCCUUUUUUUCCCUGCCCCCUCUUUUCCUCAUUCUCCUUUCUUCCCCCCUUCCCCUUUCUGUUUCCGUCACGCAGCUCCCGAGGCAUGAAACACCUCGGAUUUGAGAUAUAACCCAAUGUCCUGCAGUCCCUAAAACCAAAAUUUCUCCAGGAAAAACACGUUAAGGAUGCACUUCUCCCUA